AUGGAGUUGACGCCGGAAGAGAAGGCCACCUGGAACGAGAGUCGGCAGCCGCUCAUUGUCGGUAUUCUGGUCACAUUUCUCGUUCUCACGAAUGCGACGUCCGUGGCACGAGUUGUCACCUCGGUCCAUCGACACAGGAAACUCCAAAUCGAUGAUUACUUGAUGAUAUGCGCCGUCAUCCUCAGCGAUGGAAUCAUAUCGGCUAUGCUGGCCGCGGUGUCGAAGGGGUUUGGAUUACACCAAUUUCGAGUCCUGGCCACCGACCCUCAACCCCCUUUCUUGAUCGUCCAAAUCUUGCAGAUUAUUUGGGCCUACGCGGUGUUGAACGGAUUCUGCUUCUCGACCAUCAAGCUGUCCAUUCUUUUCUUCCUAAGGCGCCUGUUUUGGGUUACUCGAUGGUUCAAGAUUGCUUGGUGGGUUAAUGUGGCGUAUGUUAUUUUGUGGACGAUCGGUUCGACUCUGUUCUACAUAUUCCAAUGUGCGCCAAUCGACUUUUACUGGAACAAGAUUUACGCCGGUGCCGGGAUUACGCCCCCUGAGCAUGAUGCGAACGGACAAUGUAUCAAAGCGCUUGCUAGUAUCGGCACCCCGAUCAUCCUCAAUACCGUUGGAGAUCUGUUUGUUCUCCUCCUUCCUUUACCCAUUCUCCUCAAGUUGCAGACGACAACUCCGAAGCGCCUGCGAUUACUCGGACUAUUCGUCAUUGGAUUCAUGGCCACGGCAGCCGGUUUCGUUCGAUUCGGGUUCAUAUUUGCGUCGAAUACUAGAGCUGACGCAACUUAUUCGUCUGUUGAAUUCCUUCUUUGGAGUAAUAUAGAAGAAGCGCUUGGUAUUGUCUGCGCAAAUAUUCCCAUUAUCGCUACUUUAUUCGAACAAAGGAAGAAGAGAAAGUCCAUGGUAGGGCCCAAUGGGCAAUGCUUCCAGAGCGCGCAGGCUUCAAGUUCGAGGAGGUUCACCAGAUCUACUACACUGAACCAUGAAGGCAGCUAUGAAGCGCUUAACGACAAGCAACAUGACUUCGCCAUGGAGGAUCUUAGCCUCGGAAGCAUCGCGAGGAUUGAGAGGGGUGAGCAUUUUGAGAGAUCGCCUACUACGGGAAUUGCGGUGACAACGUCUAUCACGACCCAAUUCGAUAGUCCGGGUCGCGCUGUAUAA